AUGAUUCGACGUCGAGCAACAAUCAUCUCUCUCAGGGAAGACGAUAUUCAAUCCAAUCUCCAGCACAUCUUUAUCCAUACUUUGACCGCAGAUUUAGAACAACUGCGUCUGGAUGAACUUCGCGGGGUUUCCAACAAUCCCAGCGGGGACUCACCCACCGAACCAUCAUCUACAAGUCCCUACGCAUGGUCCCAGGAAUCGGACUUGCAAUUUGAUAUGAAGCCCGAUUAUGAGCCAAUCAACGACUUAUUGUGUACGGGACAAAACAGCAAAGACACAUGCCCUUCAUUCGAUGAUGAGACUACAGUCGAGCUUGCUCCGCAUCCCCAUGGCAUCCCAUCUGUGACCCCGAGCAUCUCCCCCAAGCUGCCAUCUCGAACGUCUCGAGCCGUGGAUACAGCGCUGCAGAAACUGCCCAUGGCGAUCUCGCCACGAGAUCUGCUAAGAUGCAGUGUUCUUCUGCGGCAGCAUGAAAAAGAAGGUCUGUUCCAGACACAGAAGAUCAUCGUCUUACACAACCACAACCACCCUCGUGCCAUGAGCACCACACUGUCGAGUGAAUUGCUGUCGACUACACCGGUCACUCUCUUGUCACCCAGUGUCUCAUCGAACCUUAUUGUCGACAACGCCCAACAACGGGACCCAGGCCUAGCGCUGACGAGAUUCGACGAAGCUGUCUUGGCCGAGCCGGUGGUCACCAGAGCCAGGGCUGCUGAGAUUGCUGCGGACCCCGGUGCGAGUCAGUCGAGCACGAUCAUCGGGCCCGACGGGGAUUGA